AUGACAAUCGGUAACCAAGGCUUAUAUAAUUGUUAUAAUUUAAAAGAAGUAUCAUUCAGUGAAAAUAUAGCUUCAAUAGGAAAUAGAGCAUUUCAGUACUGUAGCAAUUUGACUAAUAUUGAAUUGAGAUGUGAUUCAUUGUCAAUUGCAGGUCAUGCUUUUUAUGGUUGCCCAAGCAUUCAAGAAUUCACUUUGAAUUGCAAUUUUGUAUCAAUUGAAGGAUAUUCAUUCGGGAAUUUACUUGCUUUAGAAAACAUGUCUUUGAACUGCUUUAUUAUUUCGUUAUCAGCACAAGCUUUUAAUAAUUGUCCGUUAUUAAAGUCUAUUAACAUCACAGGAAAUAUAACAGCUGCUACAGAAGGGUCUUUUCACAAUUGCUUGGGAUUAAAAAAUCUAAUUUUAAAUUGUCCAAUUAUAUCAGUCGAGAGAUAUGCAUUCUGUAAUUGCAAAUCAUUACAAUCUAUUGAAUUUCCUAAAUCAUUAACAUCUAUUGCAGAGUAUGCAUUUUAUGAUUGCAAAUCAUUACAAUCUAUUGAAUUUCCUGAAUCAUUAACAUCUAUUGCAGAGUAUGCAUUUUAUGAUUGCAAAUCAUUACAAUCUAUUGAAUUUCCUGAAUCAUUAACAUCUAUUGCAGAGUAUGCAUUUUAUGAUUGCAAAUCAUUACAAUCUAUUGAAUUUCCUAAAUCAUUAACAUCGAAAAAACCAGAAUUUUCGAAAAAGUGA